AUCUGAGUUUGACGUUUAAUUGUAGUUUAUUUAGUAGACGAUUGCUAAAUAUUUGUAUAUCAAUUUGUUUUGAAAAUUUUAUUCAUUUCCUUUUAAUUUGCGUAAAGAUAAUAUGCGUUUUUCAAAAUUCUGUUGACAUUUUUUUAGGUUGAUACUUCUGUAAAGUAUACAGUGCCGUCUUCAAAAAUUAAAUAGCGUCAAAUUUGAUUCUUCUAAAAGUUUAUUUAUAUUUAUUGGUCCAUUAUACUUAAUACAUGAUUCAUGUAAUAUUCAGUAGCUAGGUUUAUUCUCAUUUUUUCGAGGAUGUUCAGAUAAUAUUUUACGUUUUACAUUCUGUUUGAAGCUGUGUGUGUAAUAGUAUGAAUAUACAAUACUAUAAAAAUGAAAGUGUUUGUACUUAUUUUUUAAUAUCUUGUGCUUAUAGAUUAGUGUCUAUUGGAAUAGAUUUUUGAAAAACCGAACUUUUUUAUUUAAUUAGUUUAUUCUCCAGACUCCACUUUUUUAUAUAAAUUGUUAAUCGAUCCGGAUCUGCAUUGUGAAUUGUAACAGCAAAGUGAAGUUUGUCAAAAAUGGCAAAGUAAUGUGAAUUGAUUUCAAGAAGAUUUCCAUAUGUAAAGGUUAUCUAUAGAAGAAGUAUUUGAAAGAUGAAUGUCUGUUGAUAUAUAUAAACAUUUUAGUUUAAUUGAAAGGUUAAAAUGUCAAAAUAAGAAUGUUUGUAUAAUUUAUUAAUUAUGACAGAUGGAGAUAAAUUAUUUGAAAAUAAAAUUGGAGAUGCUUGGGAUAAUUUUCACAAUUGGUUAUAUUGCAUAUGUGUUGUAACAUUUGAUCUGGAACUAGGACAAGCUCUCGAGAGUAUCUAUCCCAAACAUAUUAACCUUACAAAACAAGAAAUCUCAAAUGUAUGCUAUUUGGCAUUUCCCGAUUCCAAUUCUGGGUGUAUGGGAGAUACUAAUUUUAUUAUAAGACUUCAGAAUAAUCAAGGUUCAAAAAACCUUAGUAAUGAGCACCACAACUACAAUUCCAAGUGCCCUACUGCGUUGCAGGUAGAUGCCUCCUUCUAUUGGGGAUAUGUAUAUUUUCGACAAGUCAAGGAUAUUACUUUGCCAAGGGGAUAUUUUCAAAAAAGUGUUGUAAUUCUUUCUUUUUUUCCAUUCAACAACCUAUUCAGUAAAAUUUGUAGCUACAUUGCUCCUGAAUAUUUUGAAAAUGGAGAUAUUACUCUAGAAGCUGUAUGUUAUAAUAUUGAAAGAUGGCCGCCUCCACGACCUGGCUCUACAUUGAAUUUACCAUUGCUUGGCUCUGUUUUCCAGACAUAUAUUCCUUUGUCCACAUCAGCAAAUUCCACAUUGCCUUUACUCAGUGAACCUGGUGAUAAUCAAAUACAAACUAAUGUUGAAGAUUUGAAUUUAUUCGAGAUUCUUCAGCCAGUUUUAUCACAUAUCCAUCUAUUGUGGGAAUUGGUUAUUGUUUCUGAACCCAUAGUGGUAAUGGCAUCAUCUCCAACUCAUUGUUCUUCAAUGGUAUUGGCAUUAACAAGACUCAUCAGUCCCUUACAAUACUGUGGUGACUACCGCCCAUAUUUUACGAUACAUGACAGUGAAUUUAAACAAUUUACAAAUAAAAGUCAGGGACCACCCCCUGUUAUUCUUGGAGUUACUAAUCCGUUUUUUGGAAAAACGUUACAUCAUUGGCCACAUACAAUAAGACUUAGUGACGAUUUGGGACAAGCUCAGAAAUACAAACUUAAGAAAACAGCUCCAACAAAAAUGAUUGAUACUAGUCCUGGUGUGUUCACAGCUUACAAACCUUUAUUACAAAAAGAUAAAAACUUCAUCAAAAAAUUAUUAAGUGGAAUUAGCUCAAAACGGCCAUUUGAGGUGCAAUCUGCUCUGUUGAGGAGACAUUUAUUAGAACUAACUCAGAGUUUUAUGAUUCCUUUGGAGAGGUAUAUUGCUAGUCUCAUGCCACUCCAGAAGAGUAUUCAUGCAUUUAAAGCACCGCCAUCACCUUUACCUUUCAACCCAGACUCAUUUUUUGCAACUUUGGAAACCGCUGGACCUCAGUUAACUUUAAAUAAUACAGGAAUUAAAGGAGAUUGGGUGGCAUUAUACAAGAAAUUCUUCAGAUCUCCGAAUUUCACAGCCUGGUUCAAUGCUAGGUACAGUGAUUUAACUUUGAAAUUACAAGCUCUCCAGACUGAGGCCUUGUCAAAUGCUGAUUUGAAGUUGUGGGCUCAAGGUCGACCGGAAGUAGAAAUAGUAGACAUGGUCCUGAGAAUCCAAAAUAAUAUUAAAAAAUGUGAUCAACAUGUAAUACCUGUGAGUUUAGCCAUCAAAGAAAAACUCAAUCAUCGUUUAAAUGAGAUUGUAUCAGGACUUCCCGACGACUUGAAAAAUAUUCUACAUAUUUCAUGAUAUAUGCUGAAAAAAUCGAAACAAAUUUAUUUGUACUAUUGUAGCAAAUUUUAUACGUUAUACAAGGUUGUGACGUAAUUGUUUCAUGUUAUGUCUUGAUUGCAAUAAUUUCUUAGUUACCUACAAUCUUUCAAAUAUUUAUACAGAUAAAAAUAUAUUUUUGUUACACUUGAAAGUACAGUUAGAUAUUUAAUUUUAUGAAUAAAUAUACAAGAAAAGUCAUCAGCAAAAACCUGUGUAGCGAAUAUGCAGGAAAAUAUUAGAAUAUUAGAAUGAGGGUAUGAAAGUUUAUGUACUUAUGAAAUGUACAGUAUUUCAAACCAAUCUGAUAACUAUUUUUUUUAUAAACUUUGAACUAUCUAGAAUUGUUAGCGCCCCCACGAAUAUAAUUUACAAUUUUUACAAUGAUAUGAUAAAACUUGAGGAACAACUUGUUUAACUAUUGUUUGAAAUCCCGAACGAAUACCCAUCAAGGAGCACCGUCUGUGCAGAUACCAACUAGCUUUGACCAAUCAAUUCCGUUUUCUUCAAUAAAACGUUUCAAAGUUAAAAAUACAUCUUCGCCGCGAAUAAUGAUCAAAGUAUUCCCAUUUUAUAUUAUCGUCUUUUAUGCAACGUGUAAAUAGCAACAAUUGCGAGCACGAAGCUACAUCAGUCGAAUCGUUUAAUUGCGGCGUUAACAUAAGACUUUUUUUAAUAUCAGAAAUUACAGUUUGUCACUACUCAUCUCUGCAAUACGACUUGGAACUGUUGUAUUGAAGUGUGAAAUCUGCUUUAUCUUGGCCAUAUGUUGUUCGCCAAUUACAAGAGAUACUGCAUCAUAUAAGCAGAUAGUGAGAUCCUCUCCUAUGGUAUGAGAUUUUUUGUUCACAGCAAAGCGAUAAGAAAUAACACUAAACUUAUUUCAUGUUAUCACAUCAAAAUCCACAAUAACAAAGAAAUACUUAUCAAAAAACUAAAUUACAAUAUUAAUGUUUAUUUUUUAAGAGGCCUCCUUGCAUAAAACAAUAAAACAAAUGAAAUCACUUCACUAAUUCAACGAUACAAUUCAAAUGCGCACGUUGUCUGGCUGAUAGCGGGCGGCAAGGAAAGGAGGUGCUCACUCGCACGAGCGGCGAUGGCAGCGCGUAGUUGGCGCUCAGACUUGUCAUUCUAAAAUUCGACGUUUGUGACAACAACCGACUCAUUGUUACCCUUCCGAAAUACAAGUUUUACCACCGCGGUGGUAAUUACCCCCCGGUUAGGAAUCAAUGGUCUAGACCCUAUAAGAUAUCGGUUAGAGUAUUCCAACGGAAACCAUUGUAUUAGUAAAGAUAUUUUCAAAUAUUUUGGAACCGAAUAAUGUUAGUUUUUCAUAUAGUUUCAGUUUUAUUCCUUAAAAAUUAUAUAUUUAAAAUAUGUUUUUUCUUUCUGUAUUUCUAAAUCAAAAGUAUAUAUAGCAUAAUAUUAACAGAUUUAAGUUAAUGCUUUCAAUCCACAAGUUCAAAUCUAAGUGGUUUUAUGGCUUCAUGGCAAUACCAAAGAUCUACUGAAAACACUGUUUAGUACCGCUCCAAUUACACUGUACUAUGCGUGUUUCGAUAAUUUCGAUUAUCGUUUUCAGAUAAUCGAGGUAGAUUGUUUAGGAAGUCGUUUUGAUCUUAUAGCCACACUGCUCCUAUACCUAGAAUAUAUUCUAUAUCUCGUUGUUCUGCUUCCAGUAGACUCGUCCAAAAGGAGUCUAUUCUCCUGAGGUUUGUGUGUCUAACUUGUUAGCCAUCAUCUUAAGGUGAUGUUUGACGUGGUAGUGAACUGUCAGAAGACCGACAAUCAGUUUCAUGUCAUUUCUGCUCAUUACGAGAAGUUUUUCAGACUUCUUAGUUGAUAUGAAUCUUUUAGAUUGUCUUGGUCCUGGAGUGUUUCUCCAGUGAGACUCCAUCUGAUUCUUCAGCCAUCCGUACAGUUAAUUAUUGAUGUGGUGUUUUAUGAGAUCUUGGUAAAGCUCUAGUCCUAGGUAUGGAGUUGUUGCCUCUUUUUUGGCAAGGUCGACUGCUUCCUCAUUACCUAGUAUGUUCUGGUGCCUUGGUAGCCACAUUAGGGUUACUUUGUUUCUGUUAAGUAGUGCUUUUAGAUUUAGUUUACACUUCCACACUAGUUUGGGCGUGCAUUCAGUAUGUUUCAGGACCAGGAGAGAAUGCGAAUGUGCUUUUUAGAGAUGUUUCUAUCCAUUCAUUCCUGAGCACAUUUGUCUAUUGUUAGCAAUUCUACCUGAAAAAUGGUGAGUGGUUCUCCUAGUGGUAGGGGGAGCUUGCAUUUUGGUCCACAAAUGCUCAAUCUAACUCCUUGCGCUAGCUUCGAACCGUCUGUGUAUCAGAGAUAUACAUUUAGAACGUUCGGAAGUUUUUUAUUGACCCAUGAUUGUCUGCAAUUAAUUACCGCUAAAUGUCUUCACUAUAAGGUGAAGGGGAGGCAGGUUUAGUAGUGCAUCUAAGACUGUUGUGGGACAGGUUGACAAUGUCCCUGUAAUACCCAGACAGAUCAUACUUUGAAUCUUGUUCAGAUUUUUCUGAGUUAUUUGUUUAGUUUUUGACCACCAAGCAAGCGGCGCGUAUUUGGUGAAGUGUUUCAUGACUGUUGGUAUAUUUAAUAUACUAUCUUAGACUUUAGUCCCCAUGUCUUGCCAACAAGCUUGCGUCAAGUCCAUUUAGCCGCAGUGACUUUUAACUCUUAUUUAUUUUAAUUCAUCAGGUAUCAAUUUAGUCCCAUUAAAGAUAGAUGCGCUUAUAUUUGCGCACCAAAUUAAACAGUAAUUGGUUUUUGGAAACUGUGUCGUUGUUAUCCACACACAUCUCAUUCAGUAUAAUUAUUGGUGAAGUGAUAUAAAAUAGUGUGUUCAUCAGGGUGUUUCCAAAAAUUUCAACUCAAUUGCAAAUCUUUUUAUACUUCUUGUAUAUUGUUGAAAAGUUGUUUUAUUGUAUUCGAGAGACUAUUACUUUGAACGAUGUUCUAUUCUGUUGAGUCUUCUUCUAUCUUAGUUUCAAAACGAUUGAGUCCAUCAUUCAGAGCAAUAUUUUUAUUGAUAACUUGUGUAUAUGAAAAGUGUCCAUUCCUUUGGUGCUGAUGAACAAUUGAAUCAGACGAAGUAUAUUUCGCUAAAUUUUUUUCAAAUUGAUGAAACUUUUUGAUAAAUACUAUUUUUCAGUACCGUCCAUUCAUUACUUGUUUGGAGAUAUUAAGAUGAAAUUGAUUCUGUAUGUUUCAAUGGAAUAAUUCAGAUGUGCUCAUUCAAUGAAUUAUUUUUAGAUUUAUUACAUUUGAAAGAAAAUACUUUGAACUAAAAUCCGGCUUGCCAAGAUAUUUUUUUACACUGAAAGUUAAUUUUCAAUGUAAUACUAAAUUUGGUUUCAGAAAUGAAUGAACUAUUAUGUUACAGUUUUAUUCCUGUCGAUUGAACAAUUUUUUAUAAGUGUUUAAGCAUGUAUAUAAAUUAAAUAGUUUAUUUUGUAAUAAA